GCCAAACACGCUUGUCGCGAGUGCAACACCCGGCGAGUGCGCUGCGAUGUCAUGGAGAAGCAGCCGUGCUCGAAUUGCGUGGCGGCCGGGGCGAGCUGCCAGGUGCUGCCGUCGCGGAGAGGAAGAUAUCCGCGGCGAUCUCGUCGGCUACUGCAGAGCAUCCAGAGUGAGAGCAACACUCAGGCCCCCAGCGAGGCCAGUGUCCCUCACACCGGCCAAGUCACUCCUCUCGGCACUCCAUCUCAUGGGAACUCAACGCCAGACGCCCCGGCAUCACAGACCUACUCAGCCCCGGAGCCUCAAGCCCAGGAUGGCUCAUCGCCGUCUUCUCCAACCACAACGCCCGGAACCCGCUUCUUUGGCGAAUCCAACUUCCUCACGCUGAUGCCGAGAGACGAUGAGGGCGCUUCAGCCCAAUCCAACCUCGAGGGUAAUGACCGCAACAACCAGAAGCCGCGCUUCACGUUUCCCAUGCCGGCCACGCCGCAAUCCACCGCUCUGGCGGCCGAGGGCAAUUCCGGCCGCAGCCCCGGCUUGAUGCGCUACCUCCGUGACGAAGGUGCCCUGACUCUCCCGGAUUUCGAGAGCUGCCGGCCGGCCUUUGAGGCGUACUUUUCCUGGUUCCAUCCGGCCUAUCCCAUUCUCGACAGGGCGCUAGUGGCGCGGCGAUUGGCCUCGGCGUCGUCCUUUUCUCAGGUGGACUUGUCGAGGAUGCUGCUGCAGACAAUGCUCCUGAUCGGGGCGACAUAUUGCGAUGCGAGCACGAUCCGCGCCAUGGGCUUUGAGGACAGAUCGCAGGCCAAGACGGCGUUUUACACGAGGGCGAGGGUGCUGUUCCAUGCCGACUGGGAGAAGGACGAGACGGUGUUGAUGCAGUCAUUGUUUCUGAUGAGUUUCUGGAGAGGGGCGCCGGCGCAUGUGCGAGAUGUGCGGUAUUGGCUUGGGGUUGUCAUUACGCUUGCCGAGUCGUACGGGCGAAGAAUGUGGUGGUCUAUCUAUGUGAGAGAACGACAGGCUGCUGCAGCUCUAGGCCUUCCCAGCAGAAUACGGGAUGACGACUGCGACAUUGAGCCUCUCAGCGCACUGGACUUGGAGUUCGAUGUCAACCCUGUCGACCCGUCCUUUGGCUCAUGCCAGCCGGAGCACGUCACAUAUGCAAUCAAGAUGGUAGAAAUUGCCAAAUUACUCGGCAGAAUCAUUGACCUCCAUUUCGGUCCUGGCCAUGCCUCCAUGUCCUCAGCAUCCCCAAACACUCUUCAAGAUCUCAAUGCGUCUCUCGAAGCCUGGAUGGCAAGUCUCCCAGAAAACAUGAAAUACUCUCCGGAUCAUGGUACAGAUUCAGUCUGGGCGUGUCUGCUUCACCUCGCAUACAACCAUCUCAAGAUUCUUAUCCACAGGAAUAGCUUCCUCCGCCUCGAAUCCACUACCCCUGGCUCUCAGGUCGUCCUCAAAGCUGCUUGCCGCAUCAGCCGCAUCGCAGAGGACAUGUCCACCCAGGGGAUACUCCGCUACGGCCAAAUGCAUCUCAUUACGAGCAUCUUUUCCGCCCUUUGCAUCCACACCAUCACCAUCCGGCGCGGCACUGGCCUGACCCGACGUCUUGCUGAACACCGCGCCGAGGCGUGUCUCCUCUGCCUAAAAGAAGUCCAAAAGUACUGGCGUAUCAACAUCAACGUCCUCGACUUUUUCCUG